AUGGUAUUAAAUAACCAACUGAACCUCGAGCAGUCCUGCAAGAGGCUGAGCCCCGGAGAAAUUUCUGACCCUGCACAACCCUUCAGCCAGGCAGCCUGUGCUCUGCAGCUGCCCUCCAGGCUGCCCGAGAAGGAGGCAGCAGUGAGCUGCAGUGAGAAGCCAGCUUUCUCAUUUGACAUAUUCUCACAGGAAAUUCUGAGGAUUCCGAGAAUUCUAAAUCUGAAUCUGGCCUUUCAGGGUGUCGAGCCGGCAGUUCACAACAUUGACUCCAUAUCCGAGCUCACCUGCAUCUACUCCGCCCUCAUUCUUCAGGACGACCAGGUGACGGCCAUGGAGGCUAAGAUCAAUGUCCUCAUUAAAGCAGCCAGUGUCAACGUCGAACCUUUCUGGCCUAGCUUGUUCGGAAAGGCCCUGGCCAAUGUUAACAUUGGGAGCCUCAUCUGCAAUGUAGGGGCUGCUGGGCCAGCUCCAGCAGCUGGAGCUGCACCAUUAGGAGGUCCUGCGCCAGCCACCGCUGCUGCCCCAGCUGAGGAGAAGAAAGUGGAAGCAAAGAAGGAAGAAUCUGAGGAGUCUGAUGACGACAUGGGCUUUGGUCUUUUUGACUAA